AACAACAUGGCUGCCGAGGAGUGAUAAGCGUAGCGUUUUAGUCCUACAUCUUUUCUCACAAUAGCUAUGUUAAAACGUUUUUAAUAUUGUCAUGAAUAUAUUAUAUGCAUGUAUAGGUUAAUAUAAGUGAAGUAUUUUAACGUGUCUUAAGCGCGCGCAUCUUAAUCCCAACGUGAUUUGGACGGAAUGGCGGCGGUCGCAGCUAAACGCGAGGGCCCGCAGUUCAUCAGCGAGGUGGCGGUGCGGGGGAACGCCGCGGUGCUGGAGUACUGCCGCACCUCCGUGUCCGCUCUGUCCGGGGCCACAGCGGGCAUAUUGGGCCUCACAGGCUUGUACGGCUUCAUCUUCUACUUCCUCGCGUCAUUCCUGCUGUCCGUGCUGCUCAUCCUUAAAGCCGGCCGGCGAUGGAACAAGUGCUUUAAAUCCAGACGCCUGCUCUUUACCGGAGGUCUCGUGGGCGGAUUGUUCACCUACGUCCUCUUCUGGACUUUCCUCUACGGAAUGGUGCAUGUGUACUGA